AUGAUGGAAGAAGCUCAGCGCAUCAUGCAGGAAAUGAGAAAGAGAGGCUGCACUGCUCAGAGGGACAAAGCAGGCAGCGAGCAGGAGAAGGCACAUAAAUUGUUAGAACUCAUCAGCAAUGACAUGAUAGCUGCUGCAGAAAUGAAACAACUCAUCCUGCUUCAGAGUGGAGACUCUCUCAUGGCCUCACAUUCUGCUGUGAGAGAGUUGGGCGAGCUGCUGUUGGAUGCAGAGGACAGAGUUGACAGAGCAAGGGGUCUUAACCUCAAGAGUCGUACUGCCCUACAGGAGCUGCAGCAUCUUAAAGCUCAGCUGGAUAAAGAACAAAGCACUCUCCAUCCUGUGACUGAAAUGACUAAAGAUCUGCUAAAGAACAUUACUGACAUUUUGUCGAUACUUAAGGAAGUUAAAAAAGAAUUUGAGAAGCGAGCAGCUCAGUUGGAUGCCAAGCUGGAAUACUUUCAGCAGUUAAACAACAGUUUAAUAAUAGCAGAGGUGGAAGCUAUAGCCCAGGCAGAGGAGCAUGCAAAGGAGCUCAAAAGAGUGGUGACAGAAUUACAACAAGCGCUUCAUACCGCUACUAACAGCACUUCACUGGUCAGCCUCCUGGGUAUAGGGGCCUAUGACAGCAUCAUUAAGGCAGUAGAAAUGGCUGAGAAGGCAGCAAAGGAGUCCAAAAGGGCUGCUGAUCAAACCUUAAAGGAUGUGAAGAAGGGAGGUCUGAUCAGCAGGUCUGAACAGCUGAAAGAUAACUCAAGUCAUCUAUGGAGGGAAACCAGAGACACUCAAAGUCACCUUAAAACGGUGUCACGUACAGUAAAUGCUCACAGGAAUCGUGUAAAUAAACAAAAGAAAAAAAGAAGAUCACUGAGAAUCGACACCUCAUCCAUCGGUGACAAACUCAAAGAGAUCAAAAGAGAUGACACAGCGGCACUGAUAGUGUCUGUGAAAACUGCUGCUUCUGAUGCUAACGCUACAGUCAGCAGUGUGAAAGAGAGACUGAGAAAUAUCAGCGAGGAAGUGGGAAGAAUAACUUUAACCAAUAUCAGUGUGAAUAUAAAUGACAUGUUGACAGAUGCAGACCAGGCUGUAAAAAGCUUCAACAAAGCAUUCCCUGUGAUGAGUGACAAGCUCGCAGAAGUCAAGGCUCUUGGUAGGAGGAUGUCACCUCACCCAAACAUGACAGAAAGCAUCCAGAGAAUCAAGGACAUAAUAGAGGAGACAAGAAACUUUGUUAAUAGGCUCUCUCUUGGCACCACUUUCAAUGGAAAGAGCCACAUUGAGCUUCACCCUCCAAGAGACCUUGAGGACAUUAAAGCGUUUACAGCUGUCGAUCUUCUCCUCAAUCGGCAUCACAAAAUCCCGGCUAAGUCUGAUGUGAGACGAAAACGACACCAGGAUGAACACAGAGAUGCCAACCUGUUCGUUUUCUACCUGGGCAGCAAGAAUGCUUCUGGAGACUACAUUGGAAUGGCUAUCAGAAACACUGUGUUGGUUUGUGUCUAUAAGUUGGGUGGAGUGGUUCAUGAGAUAGAAACCAGCCAAAUAACACUCGGAAGCGUGAACUCCUCAGCCGUUGACAGAGUUAUCUUCCACAGGGUUUACCAGGACGCUGAAGUGAACGUCACAAAGAACUUCACGUCAAAGGAGCGUGUCAGUCUCCCUCCUAAACGUAACCUCCCAAACACAAUGACAGGCGUCUUCGACUUGGAUCCAGGCAGCGUCGUUUUCUACGUGGGGGGCUAUCCCGAUUACUUCACUCCUCCAGUGGAGCUGCGUUACCCCAAGUACAGAGGAGCCAUAAAACUCUCCUACCUGAAUGAUAAUCCUGUCUGCCUUUUUAACUUCAAACAUGCUGUCAAUAUGGAUGCAAAACAGCACACUGUGAAGAUUGCACAGGAAGAGGUGUCUGAUUAUUAUGAAGGAAGAGGUUACCGCAUGGCGUUCAUAAAGGAUCCUGACUGGAAAAAGAGGCGACUGUUCAGGUUUCACACAAACAGCCGAGAAACAAAUGCCUUGUUAUUCUACAUUGGAAACAACGAGUCCUUUUUCUGUGUGUUUGUGGAGAGAGGCUUCCUUGUGCUACAAGGUCAACAAGCUGACAGAGAGAUUAGACUUCGGAGUGCUGAAAGAGUGUCUCUGUUUGACACGCAGUUUGCAAUUGCCAUUGCAGAUAAAUUAAUUGUGUACUAUGGGCAAAAUACGGUCUCCACAGAUCACAUUCAAACAGACUACAUCAGUUAUUACAUUGGGGGUCUUCCAGCAGAGCUCAGAGAGAGACACAACAUCACAGCUGCACCGCUCAGGGGAUGCGUGGAUAACCUGAAAGCAGAUGCUGAGAUUGUCGAGUACAACAGGACAAUAGGUGUCAGCAGUGGAUGUCCAGUCUCCUCACUGGGUGUUCGUGCAGCUACAUUGAAUUCGGCUCUUUCUGUCGAUUCUCUGUUUGCCUGGGACGAACAGCCAGUGAGAGUCUCGUUAGGCUUCAGGAGCACAGGCAAGCGGGGCGUUGUUCUGAAGAGCGGCUCUCAGGGCUCCGAACCUGUCCACAAUCUCCAGUUGUCCCUGGACGAUGGCUUUGUGGUUUUUCAUAGUUUUAAUUAUACCCUGAGGUCAAAUGAAAGGUAUAAUGAUGGAGUCUGGCAUUACGUGUCUGCAGUGGGGAAGCCAUCAGGGCUGCUGCUUAGCAUUGACAAUGUAAAUGUGAGUCCGGCACAUUCAGACCAAAUCAGCAUGCAAAGAGGAAAAUUCAAAGGCUGCAUUGCUAAUCUUUAUACAAGCAGGCCGAGUAUUUUACCUGCUGAUCUAAGCUCAUUAUCGCAAACUGGAGACAUUAUCUUUGGUCAGUGCAGUCAGCCUCCCCCACCGCACUCCACAAUGAAAAGGCCCCAGACGCACAACCUUAUUACGACUCCAGCUGGCAGUCAAUGUAGACCCCAGAGAGCAUACCAACUCUAUGAGAAAGACAGCUGGGUCAGUUACAACCUCCCACAAGAAAACCUUAAUUAUAGGCCUCACUUCUCUCUUGAUAUCAAUACCAAAUCGUCCAAAGGGCUCAUCCUCCAUGUCGCAGGAAGAGGAGCCGUCCCCCUCCUGGCUCUGUACAUGGCCAACGGCAAGAUCAAGAUGUCACUUGGUCAAAACAGAAUCAUCCAGCACAAGGAGAAGAGCAAUGAUGGCAACUGGCAUAGAGUUGAGUUCAGCGUGGAGAACAGCACUUUUCAUCUUCUGGUUGAUGGGAUCCGUGUGACUGAUGGCCGCUUACCAAAUAAUGAGGGAUCAUCUUUAGACCUGCACAACCCUGUGUAUCUGGGAGCUGGUACAAAAAGCAAAAACACUAAAGGACACAACAUCCCCACAGACAGUGUUAUCAGCUGUAUAAGGGAAUUCAAAAUGAAUGAUGUAUUUGUUGGUGCAGCUGAGGUGAGCCACAAAGCCUUACCGUGCUUUCAUGGGCUUGCAGAGGAAGGGACAUACUUUGGUGGCGGUCACAUCGUCUUAGAUAACUACUUCACCGUUGGCUCGCACUUUUUGUUGUCCUUCAAGCUGCGCCCUCAACACCUCACGGGUCUUCUCUUCCACGUUCAAAGUGAUAAGACCAGCCUUAAUGUGUUCUUAAUGGAAAACAAGGUGGGCGUCAAAGCAAAUGAUGGUAAUGGAGCUGUUAGUGUCUCAGUAACACCUCGUAAAAGCCUCUGUGAUGGAAAAUUUCACGAGGUUACAGUCUCCAAAAAAAGGAACGCAUUCCAACUAGUGGUUGACUCCGUGUCCAAGGAGAAAGCAGGCCCCAAAUCCACGUCAUAUUCAACGGCCCUGGAAUCGCUUCACAUUGGGGGGACAACAAAUCAAAAUGGAGCCCCUGUGCCUUCACCUUUUGUGGGCUGCUUGCGAAAUGUGAAGCUUAAUGGAAAGCCGGUUGCAUUUGAGAAAGCCUCCAGAGUGGUCGGUCCAGUGAGCAUCAACAGAUGCCCCGCAAACUAAUGAAAUACAUCAUUACAAACAGGGAUGGGAAUAGUAAACCUAGUUAGGCUGAAAUCAAGCAACAAUUUUUCCAAUCUAACGGAAUUGUAUUUCUCUAAGCUUCAGUUCCUUUUUUCCACCACGGGAAUGUUUUCCUGAUAUUUGCUCAUUACAAAGCAAUGACGCCAAACUCAUGAUAGCGAGUUGUAAAUCACCUGCAAGCUUAUUUUCUACUCUCCCUACACUGUUCCAGACUCAUUGAUAUUAAAAUAGUCGCCCUGAAGCUGAAAACCUGUUACGGUCUACUUUUAUUUCCCCACAGAACACUGAUAAGGUGAGAAAACUGAUAGAGACUCAGUUCAAUGCAGCCACAACAGCAAAAUUUGCCAUAAAUUUAGCAGUGGAUUUUAAACAAAUCCACCCCAAUCCCAUCUAUUAGCUGCGCUAAUCACCCUGCCUUGCAGCAAGAAGGUCUUGCGUUUGAAUCCCGAGACUCUGUGGCUGUUCCCCAUGGAGUGUGCA